GUCAGCCAGCCGGUUAGAAUGUCCGACGCACAACAACCAGCAGCGGCCAGCGGUGCCAGCAGCGAGCAAGCUGCCAGCGGAUCAGACGGUCACCCCACAAUUCACCCUGUUGCUCCGAGACUGAAGAACGGCCACAAAAUCCCCCACAUUGGACCGCACAUCCAUGCAUAUCGCAGUCAGCACCAGCAAACCGUGGGCCACGAAUCAGACAAAUGGUGGGCAAAGAUGGCCCGAGACACCCUGCACUGGGAUCGUCCCUUCCACACAGUCCGUGCAGGAGGCUUCGAGACAGGCGACAUCGUCUGGUUCCCAGAAGGCGGUCUGAACGCAUCAUACAACUGUGUCGAUAGGUGGGCGUUCAAGCACCCUGAUAAGACUGCCAUCAUCUACGAGGCUGACGAGCCGAACGAGGGCUGCGAGAUCACCUACGCCCAGCUCCUCCGCGAAGUAUGCAGCGUCGCCAACGUUCUCAAGUCUCUCGGCGUUAAGAAGGGCGACACCGUCUCCGUCUACCUGCCCAUGACAUGGCAGGCCGUCGCCGCCUUCCUUGCGUGCGCGCGCGUCGGCGCCGUGCACUCGGUCGUCUUCGCCGGCUUCUCCGCCGAGUCCCUGCGCGACCGCAUGAACGACUGCAAGUCCCGCGUGCUCAUCACCUCCGACGAGGGACGCCGCGGCGGCAAGACGAUCGCGACCAAGGUCAUCGCGGACGCGGCCAUCAAGCAGUGCCCCGGUGUCGAGCACGUCCUCGUCCUCAGGCGCACGGGCAACGAGGUGCCCUGGACGGAGGGACGCGACAAGUGGUGGCACGAAGAGACUGCCAAGGUCCCCAACUACUGCCCUCCGGAGAUCAUGUCCUCGGAGGACCCGCUCUUUAUCCUUUAUACGUCCGGCUCGACUGGCAAGCCGAAGGGUGUCGUCCACACCACUGGCGGAUACCUCCUUUGCGCGGCGCUGACUGUCAAGUAUGUCUUCGAUGUGCACCCAGACGACAAGUUCGCCUGCAUGGCUGAUAUUGGUUGGAUUACCGGUCACACUUACAUUGUGUAUGGCCCCCUUGCCAAUGGUGUCUCAACAACUGUCUUCGAGUCGACACCUGUAUACCCUACCCCGUCGCGCUACUGGCAGACCGUCGAGAAGCACAAGCUUACGCAGUUCUACUCUGCACCCACCGCGAUUCGUCUGCUUCGCCGCCUUGGCGAGCAUCACGUCCAGGACCACGACCUCAGCUCGCUCCGCGUCCUUGGCUCCGUCGGCGAGCCCAUCAACCCUGAGGCGUGGCACUGGUACAACGACCACGUCGGCAAGCGUCAGUGCGCUAUCGUCGACACGUUCUGGCAGACUGAGACGGGCUCCAUCGUCGUCACGCCCUUCCCCGGCGCGAUUGAGACUAAGCCCGGCUCCGCGACUGUGCCAUUCUUUGGUAUCGAACCGGCCAUCCUGGACCCGGUUACUGGCAAGGAGCUUGAGGGCGACAACGUCGAGGGCGUCCUUGUCAUCAAGACCCCGUGGCCGUCAAUCGCUCGCACGGUCUACCAGGACCACAGCCGAUACCUCGACACCUACAUGAAGCCCUACCCGGGCGCCUUCUACACCGGCGACGGCGCCGCGCGCGACGAGCACGGCUACAUCUGGAUCAAGGGCCGCGUCGACGACGUCAUCAACGUCUCGGGCCAUCGUCUCUCGACGGCGGAGAUCGAGUCCGCGCUGAUUCUGCACAAGGGCGUCGCGGAGACGGCCGUCGUCGGCACCGCGGACGAGCUCACAGGCCAGGCCGUGUACGCGUUCGUGGCGCUCAAGCCCGAGUUCAAGUACGACCCGUCGGACGAGGCCGCGCUCGUGAAGGAGCUCGUGCUCCAGGUGCGCAAGGUCAUCGGCCCGUUCGCCGCGCCGAAGAAGAUCUUCAUCGUGCCCGACCUGCCCAAGACGCGCUCGGGCAAGAUCAUGCGCCGCAUCAUGCGCAAGAUCGUCGCUGGCGAGGGCGACCAGCUUGGUGACCUGAGCACGCUCGCGGAGCCGGGUGUCGUCGACCUCAUCAAGACCAAGGUCUCUGAGAGCUGAACGCCUUGAGCGUUGUUGUUUUGUGUACCAUGUGGAGUCUGAUGUGGUAGUUGGGUGUUCCUGCACGCUUGAAAAUGAGGUAUCAAUCUGUAAUCAACCGAUAUCGAUAUACCAAGGGGCUCUAGCUGUAUCUCUUACCUGCUUUGUUCUUAGCGAAAGAAAAAUCUAAUUGUAUUUACUCUC